CACGCCGUACCAUGCGCGCUAAAUUUGUGCCCGCUGGAAAUCGGGAUGUCGGAUCGACGGUGACGCGCAUCACCCCAUUUCACGGAGGAAACGAUUUCGCUGGAACUUUGGAACGGAGGGUCCGCGGGGAAACAUGGCCGAAGGAGGGCCGCGCAAAGGUGUCGGGUCGCCGCAGAUUCUGGCCGGCUCGGGUUACUGCAAGUGGUUUAAUGUCCGCAUGGGGUUUGGAUUUAUAUCGAUGACCAGCAGCGAGGGGAAGCCAGUGGACCCUCCACUAGACGUGUUCGUUCACCAAAGUAAGCUGGUGAUGGAGGGCUUCAGGAGCUUACGGGAGGGCGAGCAGGUUGAAUUCACCUUCAAGAGGUCGAGUAAAGGUCUGGAGUCGCUCAGGGUCACGGGGCCCGGUGGGGGCCCAUGCUCGGGCAGUGACCGACGCCCCAAAGGCAAGGCCCCGCCCCUCAAACGCAAACCAAAGGGAGACCGGUGUUACAACUGUGGAGGUCUGGACCACCACGCUAAAGAGUGUGGCCUUCCGCCCCAGCCAAAGAAGUGUCACUACUGUCAGAGUGUCACGCACAUGGUGGCCCAGUGUCCCCACAAGAGGGCGCUGUCCCCAUCCACGUCUCAGGACCCCCAACGCCCCUCCACCUCCGCUCAGUCCCAGGAAGAGGGUAGUCGGUCGGGCUCGUCGUCCUCUCCGGAGGAAGCAUCUCAACGGGGCAGUCACUCCCAGCACUGGAGGAAGAGCCGGGACUGAAAGGUUCCUCAUCCAGACGAAGCCCGGACCCGAAAUCAUCUACCUCACAUGGCCGGGUCACAGAGGAGACCCUCCCUCCCUCCCUCCCUUCCCGUGCAGCUAUGGUAUCAGCCGAUGGGGGUCAUGCGUGUACAUGCGUGUUCUCACUGAGCAAUUACAACAAACUCUGCGACUGGCGUGUGUGUGUGUGUGUGUGUGUGUGUGUGCGUGCGCAAAUGAGCGAGAGUGUGUUUUGAAGUACUAAAAAUCACAAGGCGAAAUAGGUUACACUGAAAAACAUGAACCAGUGUUUUAAAAACUCUCGCAUGAAGUCAAGUUUGCAAGCCAUUUGACCUCCAUCAUAGUAAAAUGGGUUAUUAAUUGAGAGAAAAUGUUUGCAGUGUGCUUCAAAAGUGAUGUCGGUGAACUUGUUUCGAAGGAAAGGCAAGUUAGCAUGUUAUUUUUGGGAGAACGUGUUCAUGUUAAACAUAUAGUUCACCUUAAAAAUUCAAAUUUGUUGAAAAUUUACUCAGGCCGUUUGAGAUUUAGAUGAGCUUCUUCAUUAGAACGGAUUUGGAGAAAUGAUUUCACUUGCUCAGUGCCGUUUCCUCUGCAGUGAAUGGGUGCCGUCAGAAUAAGAGUCCAAACAGCUGAUAAAAACAUCACAGUAAUGCACACCAUAACUUGCGAAGCAAAAAUCUGUGCGUUUGUAAGAAACAAAUCUAUCACAAAGACAUUUUUAAACCUCAAGCAAUUGCUCGUCUCCUCCAGUGAAAAUGAGGCAUUUGUUUUUUUGAAAACGUGGCAGCUUUUCACUUCACAAGAUGUUCAGUGACAGACUGUGGCGUGGUGUGAAUUAUUGCGGUAUUUAUUUAACAGCUGUUCGGACUCUCCUUCUGACGGCACCCAUUCACCGCAGUGCAUCCACUGUUGAGAAAACGAUGUAACGUUACAUUUCUCUAAAUCUUUUGACAUUUUGGGUGGCCUGAUGGUGAGUCCAUUUUCAGCGAAGACGAGGAACAUGCAUUAUCGGAGUGAAAACGAUCACGUUAGAUUUCAUGUUGACUUUAAACCAGAUCCAGACAUAACGACAAAGAAAACUUUGGGUUCUCCAGCAUUUUGAAUCGCUCUCAAUCAUUUCCCGCGGGAGCCCGGCACAGAUUUGUUAUGGCUGGGGGUGUAUAGUCAGCGCGCUAUAUCCUAUCAUUAACAUUAUUAUGGGAUACUGAAAUCUGAAUCAGUUUUUUUUUUGUGUGUGUGUGUGGAUGGCUCUCAGAUCCGGUGCUGUCAGCCAGAGUUUGAGAUUAGACUGUAACAGUUGAAGACUAAGAGCUACAUUAACGUCAGCCAGAGAGGACUAACUAACUGAUUUAAACGUAUUGCCAUUGUUUAGCUGCAGACUGUUCCACAGCUUACGGUGAUAAUUUAAGGCAUUAAUAUAUUGUGAAAUAUUAUAAAUGUUAAAAGUGUAAUUUAUGUAGAGCACAUAGGUAGAGGAAGUUUUCGAUGCCGUUUGAUUUGAUCUCUCUCUCCUCCCUCACGCAGCUUUUGGAGGAAACGAUGCUGCGUUCAACGGUGUCGGAAUUACCGUAACGAUAAAGCUUCUUUUCACUAUAGAAUAUGAAGUAAAAAAGGUAAAACUCUGGCUUUUAAUGGCAGAAGAGUAUGAGUAACGGUUGCAUUUACUUUAAAAAUGUUGUUAUUUCAUUACGAGUUUCACAAAAGCCUUAUUUUCUCUCGCAUCCCGUGUUAAAUCAUCGUGUUAAAAAACUAAAAUGACAGUGGCCUUAAAGCGAUUUCUCUGUCCUCGGAAAUGUUUCAAGAGUGCAUACUGAUGAAUUAUUGUAACCGUUGGACGGUUAUUGAAGCGUGGACGGUCAACAACAGCCGCACACGAACUGAUCAUCAACGCAGCCAUCUGUUGCUUUGCUCUUCAGUAAUUUGCCGCUCUGUUUGUUCCGGAAAGCAGCUAAUAGACCUUAGUCGGGUUAGUGCCGCGUUUAAUUUCUGACAGGAAUGAAAACGAGGAGGCAGGCGAGGGGCCGAAGUGGAUUGUACUGUAGUUUAACAAAAUGCCAAAUGUCCAACUGACAAAAUAUAUUUACGUUAGAAACUUUCAGGAGACAAAAAUGCCAUGAAAGCGUUUGAAAGAAGUGCACUGCGAAUUUAUGCGGCUGGCUGUAGUCUAUUCGGCGCAGACUCGUUUUAAUUUAGAGAUAUAAAAAAAUCUAUAUAGCGUCUAACCCGACUAAUGUCUAAAAAUGCGCAAGCAGAGCUGAAAAGCAGUUAAAAAAGUGGCGUACAGUAUUUUCAGUUGAUGAAAUUUACUUCAUCACACUGUAAGCAUUUUUUAAAUGCCAACAUGCGCUUGAUUUUUAUACAUACAUACAUUAAAGACAUCGAUUGUGUAAAUUUAAACUAAUACGAAACAUUGUUAUUGCUCUUAAGGGCCACACUUUUUUUUGCUGUGUGCAUGUGCUUCCGCUUGUCAUUUACGGUAACUCCGACAUACUGUAAACACAGCAUUAUACCAACAACUCCACAGCAACAUUUAAGUCCAGAAGUCAGCAGCUGACUGACGUGUAUUUUUGAUCUUUUUGUUUUCAGUGAUUAAUAUUUUGUUUGUCAAAGACUUGUAGAAUAUUGACUAAAAUACAGUCUAGCCGUUCUAUUCUUGUCUUUACGAAGCUGACCAUUUAAGAUUCAUCAACUCAAAAUCACAGUCUUGUGUUCAUGCUAAUGUGCUCCUAAACAAGUCGUUACACCCUUAUGCGGCGCUUAUGUUGCAUACUACUUUUUUUUUUUUUUGUCACAGGGUCCAGUUAAAAAAAAAAAAAAAACGCUUGCUUUUUCUCCCAUUCAGCUAAUGAAUGUAGAUGAACUGAAGCCUUAGAUAGAUCUGAUCAUUUUUAAAGCUGCUGGCAGAGAUGUGAAAGUUAUCUGCUACAAUCAUCCAUUGAACAGUGAAAAACUGAACAAAAGUGCACUUGAACAAAGUAAGCAUUGUUUACCCAGAAUGCCACGCUGUGGAGGUUUGCUAUUUAAUGUCUCGAAAGUCAUUGAGAGUUCCAGUGAAGUGACUGCCAGCAAUAAUUUCAGACCCUUUUCAUUCUGUUGACCUUAAAUCCGAGAGAAGAUUUUCAGUAACACAAAAGGGUUUAUAGAGUGUUACGGCAGUGCUUCGUCUCCUUGACGUCUCUCGUUUUGUCCUCAUCUGGAGGGAAUGGGAGGGUGAAUCUCAAGAAACACGGUGGUCAUAUUUUACCUCAAAAUAAAAGAGUUCGUACACUUUUUCAAAAGAAAAUAAAGCAUAUUUAAGAUGUUUUAAGAAGUUUUGUUAUGCACUUCUGCUCACUUUAAUGUCAAAAAAUGUUAUUCUCAUUACUGUAAUAUGCAGAAAAUGUACUUAAGUAAUAUAAAUAUUUAAUUUCUAAAGUGUAUAUACUUCUUGGUAGUGUUGCUGAUUUAAAUAAAAUCAUUUAAUUGUAAUAUCUUUCAGUAAAACAAUGAAUUACAGUAAUGUUAAUACAUGAGAAUAUUCAUUAUUAUUUUUUAAUCACAGUAUUGACAAUUUGGAGUGAAGAUAAGUUAUUUUUCUCCUAUUCUACUAAAAUUCUCCUAUUUUAUUCAGUGCUUUGAUACAAUCUGUGUUGUUGAAAACGCUGUAUAAAUAAGUGUUUUUAAUCGUAAUUUCCUUUAUCUCUGUAGGGUAAAAUAUGACUUUCGCAUGUUUCUGCGAGAUUCAUCAGUGGGGCCAAUCAAAAAACGACUUUUUUUCUGUAGAUUUGAUGCUUUGAGCAGUCUUAAGUUUCUGCAUCUCGUCACAUGAGCAGGUGUGUGUGUGUGUGUGUGUGUGUGUGUGUGUGUGUGUGUGUGUGUGUGUGGGUGUGCGUGUGUGUGCGUACGCACUCAGGCAGAGAUUUCAGAAACACGAGUGCUGCCUCACAUUAUGACUUGAACUGGCGCUCAUCCUCCACUCGAGGUCCUUAAAGACAAGACGACGCCUGACCAUACUGAAUGUGUAAAAGAUUCAAAGUGAGCUUACAUGCCUGUUCCCAGCACGAUGGACGUUCCUAUCCUGUGUGUCGACAAAUCAGACGGCGUGGUUCCCAUGGAGGGCGUAAACUAACUGUGUGUGUCUUGGUAUAGACCCUUAUACCAAAGACUGGCUGCGUUUGAAGGCAUUAGACGUGAGUGUGUGUGUGCGUGUGUGUGUGUGUGCGCGCAUUCGUAUUUAAUCAAGUGCACAGACGAAGAAAAACAAUCUGAGAGAAAGAAACCGACCAAAUGACAGACAUCGAUAGCACAGACUCAGAUCCCAAACCUCAUACAGAUUUAUACAGUGUAUUUUUGUACAUUUCUACCCACAAUUCUUCUCAGGAUGAACUUCUCUCAGGGAACGAACCAAAUAAGUGUAUUUGAUGUUAUUCUGUAGGGAAGCGUUGACCAUUAACUGAACCUAUCGACUGUUGCUCAUCACUCUCGGUCUCGUAUGUUAGAACUACCUCCUUCAGUUACACAUAGUCAUCCCUUUCCGUUGGAGUCUGUUAGUUUUUGUUAGUCUGAGAAAGUAAUAAUUUGCUUUGUGUUUACACAGAAGUCUACCUCAUUUUCUCUCUUCAUCUCCAGUUCAGCUCACUCUGGGGUCAGUUUGAGUUUUAUCUUAACACUUCUGCUGAAAUUAGGACACCUCUUAGUGUUAUUUUCUCUUUUUAUGUCGUUCAAUAGAAAUCGCCUGCUCAUUUCUCUCUCUUUUAUGUUUAGAGUAACUCAAGUAGUUUUUGAACGUGUAACGGUUCAGCGUAAAUCUAACACAGACUCGCCCAGCAUAAAACGCUCAAAAUGUUCUCUGUGACAGCUCAGUGCAAAGAUUGUUUCGCAUUUUGUGCCUUUUUUUAUUGUUAUGGCUAGACUUUUAAUUGGGAGGAAGUAUGUUGUUGUUUUGGGGCAUUAGUUGCUAUCAAUAUCAUUCCAUUUUUUUUUUUUUUUGGUAAUAUCAGUACUAGAGAAGGACUUUAAAGUGCCACUAUUAUGGAUUUUGUAAAUAAGUUGUCAUGCAGUAAGUAAAUGAGUCAGCCGUUUGAGGUCAAAAUGAAACAUCAGCGUAUUGCCCUCCACUUGUUGGUCUUCUCGUGUUGGUCUGAAUGAAAAUGCUAAAUUCUUUGCCACUAGUUGGAGCGUCUGGUGAGUUAAAAGCUCACAAAUAUAGCUGUAACUGAAAUAGGCCCAUUACUGGAGGGUUUGGAAAAAUUAAUCAUUGAAUGAAUUGUUGAAUAACCCAUAAUAGGGGCACUUUAAUACAUUGGCAGCAUUUUAUA